CCAGCCUCAAGUGGACGUUUGAAGAACUUCAGUGUUAGUCCAGAAUGAAGACACUGGUGACCCCCCUGACUUUUAUUUUGCAACAAAUUUUUCAGGAAUAUCAACAUAGAUCAUUUGAAUACAGAUUUACAGUGUUCUUGCAGACAUCUCAAAACCUGAGCAAAAAUAAAUAAAUCAUCAGAUUUGUUGCUGCUUUAAACAUACAUUGCAAAAUGUAUCCGCUUCCUCAUCGUGUCACGUUUGAUGGACAAAUAUCAUGUGUCAAACGUGACACCCACAGUCCAGAUUUCCCCACAGACACGAGAUCUUUUUGACACAAACAAACACUCCAUCACUUCCUUACUCAGAUAAUCAGUCCUCUUUGACCAACUGCUCAACAUUGCCUGACAGGUAAAGAUACAGAUCUAAGAUGGGUGUUGGUCUGGUGGUUUCCGCUUUGCUCAUCGCUCUGAUGCAAGGUGUCUUUGGCAAAUCCUGGAGUGUGACGGUGCCCCAAAGCAUCGUGGCCAUCAGUGGCUCCUGUAUCAAAGUCCCGUGUAGUUUCAACGUCCCAGACUUGCUGAAGAGAGACGUCGUGAACUGCUCACAACGUGGUGUGUGGACAAAAAGAGACCAUUCUGUCGUCAAACAAAUGAAAAUAGUCGGGGACUUGAGGAGGAAUGACUGCACUACAUUGGUCCGUGACUUCACACAGGCCCACAGCAAUGUAUACUUCUUUAGGCUGGACUGUACAGAAACACUAAAGUACAGUUUCACGAAGGGAGGAGUCAACAUUACAGUUCAACCAGGCCCGUCUCCGCCCCAGUUAACUGUUGGGAAUGAGGUGUUAGCGGGGUUGAAAACGGAGCUGCGGUGUUCAGUCCCAGUGCCGUGCCCCUCCAUGCCCCCGACCAUCAACUGGACCCUACCAGACUCCUUUAGGGAUUGGCACAAAUCACAGCAGGAAAGCCUGGGAGUGGAUGGACAGAAGACCAUGACGUCCCUAGUGGUCUUCAUCCUCUCAGCCGACCACAACAACGAGAAUGUCACCUGUUCUGUCUCCUACCCGCUGUCUAAAGGGGGCAGCACCAAACCGUCUGCAACGUCUAUGAGGCUCCUCGUCCACUAUCCUCCUAGAUUCACCAAAGCAACACUCGGCACAUCAGCUCCUAUUUUUGAGGGAUGCUUUGUGACGUUUAUAUGUUCGAGUGAUGCCAACCCUGCCCCCGCAUUCACCUGGUUCAGAGUCGUCAGCGGACAGCUGAUUGAGAUAGGUGAUGGAGAAACUCUGGUCCUGAAGGUCCGUCAGUGUGACAGCGGGUUGUAUCUGUGCAAAGCAAUAAACAAGGUGGGCAGUCAGGAGUCCAAACCGGUGUCUCUGGAGGUCUCGGCCACUACAGUUUCAGGAAGCUCCUAUUUAACUGGUCCUUACAUUAUAUGUGGAGUGCUGUUGGUCCUCUACAUCCUGACUGUUGUUGUUGGUGUGCGUACGUUUCGAAGUCUUUUCCGGCGGCUGAAGCAGAUCGAGGCGAAAGAUGAAAACACCUACACCGAUCUGAAGAUUAGCAACAUCACCUCUGUCUAUGAGCAACUCCAGUCUCGACAGCCUAAAUCGAUGCCUCCUCCUGAUGAUAACUAUGAGAACCUUCCAGAAGCAACUCGCAAACCAAAACCUGCUGCAACCAAAGUGGAACCUGAAGGAACCGACCAGAGAGUUUCAUUUUCAUCAAAAGUCGUCCUAAAUGUUUAGUUUUAACGAGUUUUCUUUUCUGGUGAUGUGAAAUGUAUCUACUUUUCUUUCUUUCUUUUUUUUUACUGUUUCAAGCAUCUAUGAAAGUUUUAUAUGAAGUUAAACCUUUUUGUAAUAUUAUACACAUGUUCACACAAGUCAAAAAAUAUUAUGUUGGCAUGGGAUUUUAAUAAAGUUGUAAACUAGUGAAGCACAAUA